CUGGACAGAGAGAUCGAGAGCUACAAGAGGAGUUUCCUGGGGGAGCAGGAGAAGAACGAGACCCUGACCCUGCAGCUGAGCUGGUCCGAAAUGGACUGCGGCGCCUCCGAGAAGCUGAUCGCUCAGAAACGCGCCCGGCAGGAGGCGCUGCAGGCCGACUACAGCGCCUGCGUGCGCAUCGUGCACGAGACCGAGCGCACGCUCCUCACGCUCACAAAGGAGUCUGACACGUACCAGACGGAGCUGAACGGCCAGAGGAGGCAGAGGGAGAAGGAGAGCGCUCUGCGUCUGGAGCUGGAAGAGAAAAUCAUGACCUACAUGCAGACGAAGCUCACUCACCACAAGGCCGCCCAGUACUCCCAGCAGCUCAGGGCCAAAACCACCUCCCUAAAAAACAAGAAGAUGCAUCAGGUGCAGCUGCUGGAGAACGAGGCCCUGUCAGCCAUUCUGGAGAAACAGCACACGGAGCAACAAGUGGGCCAGCUGGAGCACACCCAGCGAGGCUUGGACGAUGAGGUGGCCAAGUUAAACAUCUUACUGAACAGCAACCAGGCCAGGUUGACUUCCUCCGUUCAGACCGUGGAGCAGAAACAAUCGAAAAUCUCCAUCUACAACGACAAGAUCGCUCAGAUCGCCGCCAGCACCGGGCAAAUCAGGCUGCAGCAAAUAGAAGCUGAGAUGGAGGAGCUGGACGCGCGGGCCAGCAGGGACCAGCAGCUCUGGAUGGGGCAGCAGGGCGUCCUGGUGGGGCUGACCCGGGAGAGGGAGGCCAUCGGCAGGGAGAUCCGGAUGCUGCACACGGAGAUCGUCGGUCUGCAGCAGAAGAAGCUCCGCUUAGAGAGAGCGAGAGGAGGCCGACAUGGAGAGCAGCUCCAAGAUGCUGAGGCGGAGCGGAAGUCGGUCGGCAUGGAGAUGAAGCUCAGCGAGACGCAGGAGGAGAAGGAGCGGCUGCUCAGCUGCCUGGUGGAGGCCGAGCGGCAGGUCAUGCUGUGGGAGAAGAAGACCCAGAUCCUGAAGGAGACGCGCUCAGUGGUGGACUCAGAGAUUCACGACGGAGACAUCAAGAAAAUGAAAGCUGAAAUACACCAUAUGGAGAAGCGGGCCCUGGUCCUGACCCUGCAGGCCAGAGGCCGGAGGCUGCAGGCGGUCAGUGAGGGCAGCUACGCCGCCUCCAGCCAGAGGACGGCCGGCGCCCUGCAGAGCCACGCCCAGCGCACGCAGGCCGCCGCCGCCAUCCUGCAGCAGGUCUGGGAGGAGCUGCCCCGCCACCGGGGGGCGCUGCGCAGGGCGGCCGCCGCACUGGCCGCGCACACACAGGCAGGAGCUGUCUGUUAA